AUGAGUCCAGGAAAAGUCUCGAGCGAAAAUGGUCAAUGGCUUGCUCGUCGUUACGAAUAUGGACAAGAGCACCUUGAAUGGGAGGAGUUUUACUUCAAGAACAAAGCUUCUGUUCCGACGCUAGUUGGGAAUGUCAAAAGCCUACGUGAAAUCAUGUUGAAUGUCAAAAUGGGUGGACAAAACAAGGCGGUGCCGAUUAACAAGGGUCUGGUUGUCAAUGAUCAGGUUAUUUCCUCGGAAGAUGGUGUAGAAACAAAACUACGGAUUUAUACACCAUACCCCCCGAGUGAAGGAUUACCUAUUAUGAUAUACUUUCAUGGAGGAGGCUGGGCGUUAGGAGACCUCGAGGGCGAAGAUCGAACCUGCAGAGGCAUUUGUGUGAGCACUAGAAUGGUUGUUGUGGGCGUAAACUACAGGCUUGCACCCGAGCACCCAUAUCCUGCCGCUCUAAAUGAUGCAUGGGCCACAUUGGAAUGGGUUCUCGCCAAUCAAGUUACACACAAGGCCAACGUCAACAAGAUCCUUGUUGGCGGUACAAGUGCCGGUGCAAACUUGGCAGCAGUCAUAUGCCAUCAGGCAAAAGCUCGGGGUGUAACUAUCAGUGGCCAACUUCUUCGCAUUCCUAUUGUGUGCCAAAGCACUCCUCACUAUCGCGAUCUUGGGCUUGAGAGCAUGAAUUACUACCAUGAUACCCCAAUUCUGUGUCGGCAAUCUAUGGUACAGUUUCUUGAAUGGUAUAGCCCACCCGAUGCCGCGGACAUGUCGGUCUCUCCCCUCCUCGCUAUGGAUUUCACGGAUCUGCCACCGGCAUAUAUUCAGGUUUGUGGCCGGGACCCGUUGAGAGAUGAGGGUUUGGCAUAUGCGGACAAACUCGAGGAAUAUGGCGUUCCUGUCAGGGUAAAUGUCUAUCAGGGACUGCCGCAUGCCUUCUGGAUUUUCCCGGAGAUAUCAACGUCGGGACAAGCUGCGCAAGAGUUGCUGGAUGGCAUUGACUGGCUUUUGAAAGAAAUAUCGGACUAG